AUGAAACGUCAGUUGAAUACGAACAAAUAAAACAUACGGUGCAAAACAAAUCGAAACCAACAGUUGUUUGCGAGUGUUUCUCCAUUAUCUAUGAGAUUAACGUUACUCAGAAGAAUGUCGUUCGUAGAUCUUUCAUCGCUUAGAAUCAAGUACAAAUCGGAGAAGGAGAUCUUUCUAGAAUCGAGCAUCGAGCGGAAGGAACCGAUAAGCCUAUUUCGCAAGUGGAUGCAAGAUGCGUGCGAAACUCCAGAGAUCAUCGAACCGAACGCGAUGUGCCUGGCAACAGCAACAAAGGAUGCUGUUCCAUCGGCCCGGUUCGUACUGUUGAAAGAUGUUACCGACGAGGGAUUUACCUUCUUUACCAACUACGAAAGCCGCAAAGCGGACGAGCUGGCAGAAAAUGCAAACGUUGCGCUCGCGUUCUACUGGCUACCGUUGCGUCGGUCGGUCCGGAUCGAAGGUACGGCGGAGCGCAUAUCGCGCGAAGCAUCGGAAACAUACUUUCACCAGCGCCCGAGGGCAAGCCAGAUCGGUGCGCUUGCUAGCCCCCAGAGCAAACCGAUACCGAGCCGCGAGUUUCUAGACCAGAAGGAAAAGGGCAUCAAAGAGGAGCUCGGACCGGACGGUGUGGUGCCACUGCCAAACUGGGGCGGUUAUCUCGUUCGCCCGAAAGCGAUUGAAUUUUGGCAGGGACAAACCAACCGGCUGCACGAUCGCAUCCGGUUCCGCAAACAGCUCGAUGCGAAUGAGGCGGUCGAUGGCACGCUGCUACAUCAGGGCGAGGAAGGAUGGGUGUACGAGCGAUUAGCACCUUAAACUAAUCCUAGGAACUGGCCCGCCGUGUGUCCAUCGGUCACAAAAAUGCGUCUUCCAUUUAGAUUAUAUUUUAAAAAAAUGGCUUUGAGCUUCAUUUCGGAUAUUUAAAUCAAUGCACAAAAAUCGGUUUUUGGUUUCCGGGUCACCACAUUGGACCGGACUUUCUUUUGUUUGUUAAUGCUUCUGAUGUUUGCCCACGGGAGGAAACGAAUCUGAGUGUGUAAUGUGUGUUGGACAUCUUAUAUUUUUAUUACAAUAAAAUCGUGGUACGCAAACCUGGAGAAUUG